UGCCCUGAUGUGACGGAAGCUCGCACGCGAUGCUCAAGGAUCAUUCACCGAUCGUUCAGGCGCUCCUCGGAACCCUGUUCACGUGGGCCCUCACCGCGGCCGGCGCCGCGCUCGUCGUCGUCAUCCGAGGCAAACAACGUAAGCUGCUCGAUGUCAGCCUGGGGUUCGCCGCCGGCGUGAUGGUGGCCGCAAGUUACUGGUCAUUGCUAGCACCAGCGAUCGAAAUGGCAACCGAGAGCAAGACAUAUGGAGCUGAGGGCGAGUACGCGUUCGUACCGGUCGCAUUUGGAUUUCUCGUCGGCGCGGCAUUCGUAUACGGGACGGACGUGUUGAUAUCUACCCUCGUUUUAGCUAUGCAAUCAGUCGGUACGAAACAAAGACGCAAGAUCAUUGCGAAACUAAAGAGUGACGAGGACUUAGACAAUGAUUAUGAUCCGUUGUUUAACGACGUACAAAUUUCCAGUGGAAAGAUGUACACUCGCGUCGAAUCGACCACGAUCGAUGGCUUCUACGAACAGAAUAGUAGACGUCGACAAAUCACAAAUAUAAACAGAUCAUCGGAAUCGGCAGAGAUCGGAACAGUUUACGAGGAUCCUAAUAACGAAGCGAAAAACAAUCAGUGGCGGAGGAUACUACUACUCGUUGUUGCUAUUACGGUACAUAAUAUUCCUGAGGGUCUUGCAGUCGGUGUAGGCUUCGGAGCAGUAGGCAGCAGCGCGUCAGCGACUUUUGAAAAUGCAAGAAAUCUCGCGAUCGGGAUCGGAAUACAAAACUUUCCGGAAGGAUUGGCGGUGUCUCUGCCCCUUCAGGCCGCCGGGAUUAGUACGUUGAAGAGCUUCUGGUACGGUCAGCUUUCGGGGAUGGUGGAACCUAUCGCCGGCGUGCUCGGCGCAGCCGGAGUAACGCUCGCCGCACCUGCACUACCUUAUGCACUUGCCUUCGCGGCCGGUGCGAUGAUCUAUGUCGUGAUCGACGACAUCAUCCCGGAAGCGCAUCAAAGCGGAAACGGCAAACUCGCCAGCUGGGCAGCCAUCGUCGGUUUUCUGGUGAUGAUGUCUCUAGACGUUGGCCUAGGUUAAAGACGUCGUCCACAAAGUAGUCAAUAGUACGUCCACGCUUUUGUGAACGUGUAAAAAUUAUGUGGUAGCGGUAACGAGAGGUUUACAGUCGCGGAGGUAUAUCUCUUCGACUCGCGAUAUUCAUUGGACAAUAGUGUGUCUUGUCGAAAGAGUCGAAAAUUAAGUGCUAGAGCGAAUGUUUUCUAUCCUGACCCAUCAUUUUUUAUUCGUCGAAGUACUGUCUUUCAUCCUUAAAGACUUGACAGGAGAAUCGAAUAGUAGCGAAAUAGAAGAUAUUUCUAAUCAAGUUCAAGACAUAUUUCCAUGAUUCCUGAUGUUUUACUGAGAAACAGACUUUAAUGUAAGAAAUUAUUGUAACGUUGCUAAACACCCUUUUUAUUACAAUAAUUAUCACAUUUCCAUUAUCGUUACCACACAAAUACAUGUGUGAGAGACGAGAUAACUUUAUUAUAACAUAUAUAUUUAUGACAUCAAAAACCGAAAAUACCAUUAUUGUAUACUAGUUUUAAUUUCGGUUAAAUAUUGAUUAAGUCGGAGAUAUUGGAGAUUGCGUUUUAAUCUUGAUCCGUUACGAUUCGAUGUUCGAUUAAGGUGGUAACAAAAGUUAAGUUGUUUAACUGCUCAAAGUAAGUACAUUUUCUUAAAGCGGAAUAUUUUCUGCUUUCCUAGAACGCAUUUCACUUCGAAAACGUCUUCCCCGUAUCUAGUCUUUAGCGCGAUUCCAAAAAUCGAAUAGAAUCGAAGAUACACAACUGGCUUGAACUUAAAAUCGAACAUCGAACAAUAUCUUUCAGGAUUAUUGCAAGAUCGAUGCAAUCGCAAAAACUAACUGUCUAGUUAUCAAGUAGAUAAAGCAAUUGAAACAAUGCACAGCGUCGAGAACUGUUAAUUUCCCCAAACUAUUUCUUUUUUUAUCAAGAAUAUUAUAUCGAUAUAUAAAGGAUAUGUCGCAAAGAUAUGAGUGAGCAUUAAUUUUUUAUCAGAUAUAUUUUAACAAAUUUGUAUGUAAUGUAUAAAUAUUAUACGACAAUUUCCAAUUGAUGGAAUUUAUUAAUGCAUUAAUGUAUAGAUUAUUCAUUGAUUUUUCCUAUAUAAUACAGCUAUUACUUUGGUUUUGUUUUUUAAUGUCUCAUUAUAUAAUUGCACUUUUUAAUUUUUUUAUAUUCUUCUAUAUCUUGUGCUAUUAAAUAGAACCGCAAUAUAUUUGUUAUGCAAUAUUUUUAAAGAUUAUUAUGUCCAUCGGUGUUAUUCAUUGCUUUAAUAAUACAAGCAUACUAUAUCCAACACGUGCUUGUAUUAUUACUCAAGUUUCUGAGUGCUGUUAUUAUACAAGAUUUUUAUUGCAAUUUUUCUAAUCAGCGUUUUUCUAAAUCGCUCUUAAAUCGUUCGUUUACAUACUUCCGAUUGAUUGCCAUAAUUCAUUCAGUUUUUAAUGAAAGACUUAUUGUCGCAUUAUGCAAAUCUAUGUUUUUGUGAAACGUAAAUUUCUCUGGAAAAGAAUAUGAAUGUCGAAAUGUCUUUCGGGCGCGCGAUAUACGCGCACGCAAUCAUUGGCUACAUUUCUUAUACCUGGAAGGUAUAAACCUGUAUGCAUAUUUAUUGCGUUACAAUGUGCCCUUUCUAAUCACAUAGUACGCGUACAGUGCAACUUCAUUCUUAUAAUGAUAUGACGUUUACCCUACAAUACGUAACGAGGUUACUAUCAUUAACAUAAGAAUAGACCACCUCGCGAAAUCCAAUACACUUCUGUGAUAUUCCCCUCUCCCUUAAAAAAAGUUUUUUUUUAACUUUUAAAAAGUUUAACCUUUUUAUAUUUCAAUCUUAGUAAUGAUAUAACGUUUGUAUUUAUUAUUGAUGCAAUGCAUGCAUCCCACAGUAAUGGCAUAGAACAUGGUUGCUAUUCCACGAUUUGAAAGUAAGAGAAAGGAAUGUUAUAAAUAUAUAAGUUAUAUCGAUAUAAAGUUUAUCUUUUUAUCUUCAUGCAGGACAUUGGUUUUUCUCAUUUCGCAAUAUUAUAGGUUCUUUAUAUAAUAUAUAUAAUAUUUAUUCUCUAAUAUGACACGAUAUGUAAUAGUCUUUUUUAUUAAAACGAUCGCCGCAAAUCGACAUCCGAAAUUGAUAUUUCGCGACAUGAGUAUUCUCGCAAUAAUUGAAAGCUAUAGAUCAAUCACUGCUGUCUGUUUCUCGACACUGUGCAUUUAUGUAAGAUAUAAAGACUAUAUUUUGAUACACUGUCGAUAGGCUACUAAAAUAUUAGAUAAUAUACGAGUGUGUGCCGACAUACACUCACGUUUGUAUAUAAAAAGCCAUGACGUAAAAGGCAAGGUAAAUCUUUGUCAUGGAUAUGCACUCGGUUAAAGUGAUAGCGAAACUUUUUGACGCAAUCAGAAAUUGAUCCCAAACCAUGAGAAGCAAUAUACUUGCCAAUAUUGUCGGUGCUCCGGUAAGACAAUUUCGUUUUUCUUAAAUACGCACUCUUGGAUUAUGGAUCAAUUUUUGAUUUUGAUUUUUUCCAUGCUGUCGCUAUUAUGUGCGCAAUGUUACAUCUUGUUUCUUUACAUUGUGCUUAGAAUUAUAUUUCUCGUACUCUAGUUUCGUUAGAUAGACCGUCUGGUUUCGUGGAUGUCGAGAAGCAUCUCUCACAUGGUAAUUUUAAUGACACGAUGAUUUGAUAAGAACUGCCGUUUUAAUUUAUUGAAAUUAAUCUAAGUAUUAUUUUUAUAAUAUUGAUGCUUAUAUGAUAUUGACGUUUUAUAAGACUGUGAAUCGGGCUUUUUUCUGAAGAAUCUUUUUUAUUCGUUGUGAAGAAUCGCUAACAGAUCUUCUCGACGAUCCUCGAUCCGGACAAUCAGUACAAUCACUACUAUUCAAAGAGUAUACCACCGACACUCGGUUUAUAUUAAACCAGUGCGAACAAGCAUCAGCCAAAGCUUCGAUGAUAGAAGCGAGAGUCAUCUCGAUCAACAUUGAUGGUACAACAUUGUGUUGAUUACGACAUAUGCCCGAACGGUGCUUUAGCGAAAUAUAUCUUUCGUAAUAAAUCAUGUAAUUAAGCGGAUCAUGUGAUUAUAUCAUAUUGUACUUUAGAUAUAGUUAGUACCUACAGUCAAUUGUAAAAUUUUUACACACACAUUCGGGUAAAUUGCUAAAAUUUAUGAUUGCUUGCUGCUUUAUUAAUUUGACGAUUAGUACUUGAUUGCACACGGAAUCUAUAUAUCAGUAAGAACGAUAACAUAUUAAUUAAAAGACCUUAAUCAUGAAUAUUAUACGGUACGGGAUCGCGUUGGCACAUGAUCGCGCGACUAAUACUCUUUUCAUUUUUAUAGCUGGGAACUAUGGUUAUGAAUAUUUUUUUUCAAUAAAAUUACGUGCCUUCGUAACUUAAUUAAUAUUAUUUGUUUAAAUAGAAGUAUUAAGUGUCCGAAAAAUUGUCCAGGCGACGAUAUAAUUAUUGUCUAUUUGUUAUCUCAAAAAAUUAAAUUGAUAAUUCGUCCGGGAAUCUUUAUAUCUCGCAUAUUAAAAACAUAUUCAUCGCGAAUUCAAUAUUGCGGUGUAAUAAUUUACAAAGAUGUGCAAUAAAGAUAGUGCAAUUAAAAUAU